AUGGAGUCCCUCUCGAUGGAGGUGUUGUUGAUGGUAUUGUGCUAUGCCCUUCAACCGCAGGGAAACGACCUAAGAGCUCCCAUAGCCCCAUAUGCGACUGUCAACCGUCGCUGGCAGGCAGUCAUUGAGGAGUGUACAUUCGGUUCAAUCCGCAUCUACACUGCAACCAGGCUUAAAGAAUUCCAACGGCUAUUCGGAAAGCUACCCAAAAAUUCACACAGAAAGUUCUGCAUCCAGAAAAUUGAUCUCCUGGUCGAGCUUGAACCAUACGACAAGAAAGCGAAUGCCCAUUACGAGACGGAUGAGGAGAAUCAGAGAAACAAUAAGAUCUUCAGAACAGCCAUCAGCUCUUUGUUCGAAGUUCUGGCAUCCUGGCCAGACAAUGUUGAACUUGAACUCAUUAUCGAGGCACAGUCGCCGAGCGAUGAUCUCGCUUGCAAGGAUCCGGAGGUAUUCUUGCAACGGAUUCAAGCCGCAAGAUCACGGGGGGGCGAUGUUCUUGGGGACCGAUACAACAGACGUUACCUGAAAUUCUUUGAAGAGUCCGGCCAUACCCCAUCAAUCCAUGCAGUCACUACUCUCCAGAUAAAGGGGACCUCUGGAAGGCGCUUGAUUGAGCCAGCAUCGUGCGCUUUGAUUGCAUCUAAACUGCCACGCUUAUUCCAUCUCGAUCUGAAUUUGGUGGAUGAAUGCAAACGUGACGAAGGAUUGAGAAAGCAGCUUCGAGACGAUAAGCUCUACCAGAAAUACUCCAACCAUGAUAUGCUAAGCCUCUUUUCAGACUUUGCGAUUGCCCUUCGCCGCGUGCCUCCUAAUAUACAAGGACUUUGCCUAAAAUUCGCAUACAAUCCUCCCCGUGACCACAACUAUCCCCCGCCCAUUUUGGCAGAAGGUGAGACAGAUUUGUUAAGCACUCACUUACGGGAAGUUUCCCGGAAUCUAAGCUACCUGAACAUUGAAUCGACUGUGAUAGGGCCAGAGCUCUUCUGGCCCUUGAAUUCGCAAGACAAAUCCUCUGGCCUCCCGUCCUGGCCACAUUUGACCUCUUUCGUGGUUGGAUACGCACCAGUGACACCAUUUGGGCAAUGGCUCUUUGAGAGACCAUCUGAAAGCCUAGAAGAUGACGUCGAGGCUAAUGAGGGCGCGAAUGGCGUUGAUGAACGUGAAUGGCAGCCCGGAUUCCCAUGGACAGCACCUGAAGACCGUAAGAUCAACAACUUUCGAACCAAUACCAUCAUGCGAUUCGCCAACAAUCUUUACAUGUCGGCUGGCCAGGCGGCCCUCCAGAUGCCAAAAUUGGAAUCGAUGACUCUGGCCACUGCCGGGAGCCAUAACCCACGGCAAGUUUUCAAGUACACAGUGGCAAAUGGAGUAGCAAAGCUCACUUGGUCUCAUGUGGAUUUUAUUGGUCUCUUUUUAUUAAAAUACCAAGUUGGCUGGGCGGGAUUGAGGAGGGUCAUCGAAUGGUUCCAGCCAGAUGAACAGGUGUUGGAGCUUUGGAAGAAGGUAGCAUUCCAGCAUACCGGGGGAGAGCUUCAGAUUUACUUUGUUGAUUCGAAGAAUACGGAGCUGGGGAAUCUCUUAUAA